AGAUAAAAGCAGAAACCAUAAAAUUCCAAUAUUUUGUCCAUUAUAUCAUAUGCUUCUUGUAUUUCUGGUGUUUGCUGACUCUCGCCUUAGUCUGAUCCUCAGUCCAGCUUCAUUUAUAAGUGACUUGUUUUUUCUGGUUCUUUUUUUGUCAGUUGUUAAAAUGAGGGAAUUGGAUCCUGGAUUAUUUGACCUGGUGUUUUUAUAAAAGUCUUAAAUGUUUAGGAAUAAUUUUUGGAUAGGUGUAGGCAAACUCUGAAUAGUUUUUGGUCUUAGACUGAGGAGGAAUAAGUGGGAUGGAGAGUAACGUUUUAAAAAAUACUAUUUUUUUUCCCAAAUUUGGAAGGAUCAGGUAUUGAGAAUCAUCCUAAGAUUCACUUUUUUUGUUUUUAAUUGAGAUAAAACUGAAGAGUCACUCUGAAGGAUGGUUAUAGCAGAAAUGUAAGUGCUGUGUCAUUGUCGUCUCUUGUUUUGGCGCACAUAACCAGACUUCAGCACACAUCAUGCUGUCUGUAUCACAUGGCUCACAGUGGGAGGUAUCUAGUGUAGAUUAUUCUUCUUGGGGAAAUAGGUUUAAAUUCACUUGGACAUAAAUGUGGCAGACAGGUGCCUGUUUAGAGGUUCAAAAUACAUUUGGUCAGGACUGAGCACAAGCUGCCUGGAUAGUUCCCGCAGUUGCAGUGGUGCAGAAUGGCUGACCUCAGUCUUGCAGAUGCAUUGACAGACCCACCUCCAGAAAUUGAGGAAGAGAUAAAACGGGACUUCAUUGCCACACUGGAGGCAGAGGCCUUUGAUGAUGUUGUGGGAGAAACUGUUGGAAAAACAGACUAUAUUCCUCUACUGGAUGUUGAUGAGAAAACCGGCAAUUCGGAGUCGAAGAAGAAACCAUGCUCAGAUACUAGCCAGGUUGAAGGUACGCCAUCCUCUAAAGCAACAGGGCUAGCCAACGGUGAUCAUGGAAUGGAAGGGAAUGAUACUGCGGGGUCUCCAACUCCAUUCCUUGACGAGAAAAUGACCUUCCAGGGAUAUCAGAACAUCCAGAACUGGCCAGAAAAUACAAACUUCUGCUUCGAACCUGAACAGUUGGUGAAUCCUACCCAGACUGAUCCCUUUAAGAUGCAUCAUGAUGAUGGCCUGGAAGAUUUUCUCUUUCUCCCCAGUGGAACAACCAGUGCUUCAGCAUUUACAGAACAAAAUGAUCCCCUGCAAGACAGUUACGGUCUGUUUCCCUGUGACACAUUUGCUCCUGCAAAUGUUGUGCCUCAGGAGUGGCCUGUGGAAGCCCCAAACUCUCCACACCCGGAAUCCUUCAUUUCCCCGAUGGUUGUGACGCAGCCUCUGCAGCCCACGGCAGAGCCAGCUGAAGAAGUAGAAGUGAAGAAGGGAGCAGAAGAGAGGGCACCAACAGAAGCAUUGGAAAUCAUGAUGGGACUGAAGGCUGAUGACAUGGCACCAUCUAGAGAAACAGAGAUGUCUCCAGCCAAGGACAUGGCACCAGCCACAGAAACAGAGGUGGCAUUGGCUAAAGACAUGGACCCUUAUAUCAAAUCAGAUGUGACACUGGCUAAGAACAUGGAAUCAUCUAUGGAAUCAGAUAUGGUCCUAGUCAAGGACAUGGUACUAUCCAAAGAAACAGAAGAAGCCCCGGUGAAGGAUGCUGUUUUGUCCACAGAAACAGAUGUAUCUUUAGCCAAGGACAUGGUAUUGCCCACAGACACAGAGGUAGCCCCAGCUAAGGAUGCGAUACCAUUCAAAGAAACGGAGAGAGCACCACCUAUAAAAAUGGAUUUGUCCCCAGAUGAGGGCAUGGUAGCACCCACAGACAGACAGAUGACCCCAGCCAAGGGUGUGGAAUCACUCUCAGAUAUAGAAAUGGCACUGGCUAAGGACGUUGUGUCACCCACAGAAAUAUCCUCAGCCAAAGAGGUAGCCUUGUCCUCAGAAACAGAGGUGGCCCUGACUGGGGAUAUGGCACUGCCCCCAGAAACCAAGAUUUUCUUGACCAAGGAUGAGGCACUGCCCCCAGAAAUGGAAGUGGCCCCAGUCAAGGAUAUGGCUCCACAUCCAGAUACAGAAAAGGCCCCAGUGAAAGACAUGGCUCCGUCCCCAGAAACAGAGGUACCCCUGGGCAAGGAUGUGCUUCUACCCCAAGAAACAGAUGUGGCCCUGGGGAAGGACCUGGCUUCACCUGUAGAAACAGAGAUGGCCCUGGGCAAGAAUGUGGCUAUGCCCCCAGAAACAGAAGUAACCCUGAUCAAGAAUGUGCCUCAGCCUCCAGAAACAGAGAUUGCUCUGGCUAAGGAUAUGGCUCUGCCCCCUGGGACAGACGUCACCCUGGCCAACAAUGUGAGUCCAGCCAAGGAUGUUGCACCACCCUCAGAAACGGAGGUGGCGGCUGUUCCAGCUAAGGACAUGGAAAUUGCGCAGACACAGGAAGAAGUACGUGAGGAGGCCCAGUUAAAAUCUCUCCGGGAUGAGGGGCCAUCAGCUGCAUCUACUUUUAUCAUUUCACCAGAACCAGUGACAGCUGUGGGUCAGAAGUACAACGUGCCAACAGAUGAGGAUUCUGUGUUAGAGAAACAAGACCAGAAGAAACCUGUCAGUAGUCAGCCUUCUGAACUUUCUUCAGAGAGCUCAGGUACCCCUCCCAUACAAGGCAAACAAGUGUGCAAACCCAGUGACCGCAGGUCCACUCGGCCCAGGCCUGCCAGGGUCCCUCCUGAGCUGCUGGGAGUCUCUUCUCCACGGAAGACUCUUGAUCCUGGGCUGGGACCCUGCUCUCUGUCUGAGUUGGGUUGGGUCUCUGGUUCAUCUCCCUGUGGUGAUCCUGGGAACCAAAGGAAAACUGUUCAUGUUGACUUCCUUGAACCCAAGAGAGAUCUUGGCAGGGAGGCCUGGCAUAUAGAAAGCCCACCGAUGAUGAUGAAGAAAAAAAAGAAGAAACCAAAGCAAAAGAGAUACUCUCAACCCCGGGCUGGGGGACCUUGGGAUGAUGACAGUGUAGACGACCAUAAAGGUCAUCCCUUUGCAGCUGACACGCAGCAAUCAGGUGUUUUCCCCAGCUUAUCUACCACUAUGGGCAUGGAAGGUGGACUGGCAUCCAGAGAAACCUUAAAAAAGGACUGUGAAAUGGAUUCCACAGCUGCCAAACUGGUAGCUGAGACCUUCAUCUCAGAAAGUCUCAGUGUUCCUUUGUGUCCUUUGGAAGACACAAAGUCUUCCCCCAAAACUGCAGAAAGUUCUCAGCCCAAGCCAAGAAUAGAAGCAGAGGUCAAAGAUAACAAGUCAGUACCACUGGGCCAGGACCAGAAAUCACUGCAACAAGAGGAAUGCAAACCACAGCGUGCACCCCACCCGAAGACCCCUGUGGAUAAAAGCCAGACAGUAGGGUCGCCCGAUCUAAAAGGACCCCUUACAGAAUGUUCUGCACACAGAGUAGAAAUUCCUUUGGAGAUCAGACCCAAAGAGAGUUGCUCUCCUGCCUUGGACCAAGAGUCUGUGGAUGGGGGUUCCAAACCCAUAGCAGGAAAAGUACUGCCUACUCUCGUGCCCACUUUGCCAGCUGGUGCCUCAUUAGGAAGUAGUCUAAAAGAAGGGAAUGAUAAAAGUAAGGUGACUGAAUUGCAGAAAGACAGACAGAAAGGGUUUUUGGAAGGAGCUGAAGAGAUUAAAGAACUAACAAAGGAAGCUUUUCCUACACAAAGACAAGAGAUGAGCAUCUUGGCUUCCAGGCAGCCGCAGGACGAGGUGUUAGUUCAGGUACCUGGGUUAGGGAAUGAGCCAUCUCAGAGAAUGGCAGGGGACGGCAGAAACAGGAAGGGAAGGGCAGGUUCUGGGAAGGUAAGAGCCAGUUCUGGGAAGGGUAGAGCAAGGUCUGAGCCACCGUUUCUUCUGGACAGCUGGAAGGAUGGCCCAGCUGUUCUUGCACCAAGCGAGUCGACCCCUAGAACUGAAAGAAUGACUGCUGGGCUGAAGUGUGAGGAGCUGGGUUCUUCAAAGCCACCAGGGACCGCAGCAGAUCUCCCUGAGGCAGUGGUAACGGGGAAGCCUAUGGAGACAGCCGACCCUAGGGGGGCAGGCACCUUGCACACAUUAGUUCAUUUGGGAAAUGGUGCAGGCGUUACUCAGACUUCCGGAGCUAGAGCAGAACAAGGAGCCACAGCUGUAGAUAUGGGUGUCAGUAACCAGAGCAAGGAAGGAAAGUGUCCUUGGAUGGAUGGUGAGGCAGCUCCCUGGAUUUCUGAAAAGCCUAAGAAAAGGAGUAGUGAGGGAAAAACCAAAAAGUUCAAAAAUAAUUAUCCCACACAGCCUGCUCGAAUGGAGAGCAAGGAAGAAAUCCCCAGCCCAUCUUUUGUAGGGAAAGAUGGAGAUACUGGUAGCACUCCUCAUCAGAACAAGGAUUUAGGACUCCCUUUCCCCUUAACUCAUGGUCCUCUGUUCUCACAUGCAUUAGCUAUUCCCACAGUGGAAGUAGGUGACCGAAAGAGGAGAAACGUUGAGGUUAAUUCUUUUGAGCUUGGGAACAAAGCUCUUGGUGGGAACAAAACAAACACAGUCAAGGACUCUGCUGUUAUUGAAUCAGCUACCAAGGUGACAGAUGUGAGCUGCCAAGACCAAAUCCAGGGGGCAGGAUUUGUUCCUUCAGUAGUGUCUGAGGAGAAUAAGACAGAUGCAGCCAAGGGACACACUGCAGUGGCUGACAAACCAAAUAAAAGGAGCAAUGAUGGAAAAAGUAAAAAGGUUAAAAAUAGUUUUCCCGAGAAGCAUCUUCUGGAGAAUAAGAUAGAUGCAACAAAAAUACAUGUUCCCAUGGAAACCACAGGGGACCACAGAAUUGAAGGAAUGGGCUACAUGGAUGAAAAUAGAAAUAUUACGUUUACCUGCCCCAGAACACCACCAGGGUUGAUGAAUAAGUCAGCCUCUCCAGAGGCUCGGGAGUCAGCAGCCUGUGAAGGACCACCCACUCCUGCUUCUCAAGUAGUAAAGGAGGGUGUUUCUUUUCCAAACUCCUUGGCAGAAAGUGGGCAAGAGACAACUCCAGCCCAGAUAUCCACAUCAUUAGUGGUGGAUAACCGCAGCAAAGAUGGAGUCCCAGAUCAAGAAAGACCCAAGUCCCCCUCCGUUGUUAUGCCUUCUACAAGCACAGGAGGAGUUACCCUAACUUCUACAGCAGCCACAGAAACAGUUAACCGUCAGGGGUGUAGCUGUCUUAAGAAUAAAGGUGAGCUUGCCGAUCCCGUGAAAACUGAAGCAGGGAUAGAGGGAGGACAUGUGAUAGGAGAAUCUGAGUCAGUGCCCAGUGGUGCAUCUAAGCAUUCAAUAGAAAAAAUCACAGAGCUUGCAAAGGAACACUUUCUUUCCAGAGUGCCAGUAGAAGACCAAAGCCUAACAGGUGAGGUCAGAGUCCUAGAAACGUGUGCGGAUAGUAAUAAUUUUCCAACACACCCAGUUACUAAAAAGAAAGAGUCUGAGGGAGGUGCUGCUCCAGUUCAAAUCCCUGACUUAUUAGGAGACAAAGCACAAAAGCCCAAUUUGUGUGAGGACCAAAAUGCUGACAGUAGCGAUUCCAAGGACCCAGAUGGUUUGAAUAAGGAGGUAGAUAGGACUCUUUUGCCUCCGAAAAGUGAAGAAAAUAAAGUGGAAGAAGUUAGCCUGGCUUCUCCAAUCACUGAAUCAGAAUCGAUUUCCUUGGCAACACCAGAAUUCCAGUCCGAUUCCUUGGAUGGCAAAGCUGCGACUACCCCGUUGCAGGUGGUAGAUCAGUUAAUAGUGACUGCUUCCGAGGAUCUUGAACUCCCAGAGCCCAAAGAUAAGAUCUUGGAGGCACCUGACACAAUGAGUGAAAAGUCUGAACCCAAGGCACCCGGAGAAGGGAAGAAGGAAGAUAAAAGCAGAGUGGCAGAACCGAUGAAAGGCUACAUGAGACCUACCAAGUCCCGAGGCCUGACUCCACUUUUGCCAAAGUCUCCCGUCCAGGAGCGAGAGAGAUCCAAGCAACUAAAGUCCAGCGGAAUAAGUAAGCCUGAAGAAGGACGGCCUGCUGGGAGUGUGACCGGAAAUGACAUCACUGCCCCUCCAAACAAGGAGCUCCCACCAAGCCCAGAGAAGAAAACAAAGCCUUUGGCCACCACUCAACCUGCAAAGACUUCAACAUCGAAAGCCAAAACUCAGCCCACUCCUCUCCCCAAGCAGCCGGCUCCCGCCACCUUUGGUGGGUCGAAUAAAAAACCCAUGAGCCUCGCUGCGGGCUUAGUGCCGGCUGCCCCGCCCAAACGCCCUGCCGCCACCACUGCCAGGCCUUCCACCUUACCUUCAAAAGACGCAAAACCUAAGCCUGUUGCAGAGGCGAAGAUUCCUGAGAAGCGGGCCUCCCCAUCCAAGCCGGCCUCUGCCCCAGCGCUCAGGCCUGGCGCCAAGAGCACCCAGACUGUUCCAAAAGCCACAGCAGCUGCCACUCCUGCUUCAGCUGGGCCAAGCAGCAGGAGCCCCCCCACACCUGUGCCCAAGAGGCCCACCACCAUCAAGACUGAGGGAAAGCCUGCAGACAUGAAGAAGACGGCCACGAAGUCUGCACCAGCUGACCUGAGUCGCCCCAAGAGCACCUCCACCACUUCAGUGAAGAAGAACACCACUGUCCCCGGGGCAGCCCCCGCAGCAGGGGUGGCCCCCGGCCGAGCCAAGCCCACACCCACCCCUCCUCGGCCCUCUGGGACUCCUUCCUCAGACAAGAAGCCCACGUCAGCCAAGCCCGGCUCCUCUGCACCGAAGCCUAGCCGCUUGUCUACCAACGCUUCCACCCCUGAUCUGAAGAACAUCCGCUCCAAGGUUGGCUCCACGGAAAACAUCAAGCAUCAGCCUGGAGGAGGCCGGGCCAAAAUAGAGAAAAAAACAGAGGCAGCUGCUACAGCUCGAAAGCCUGAACCUAAUGCAGUCACUAAAACAGCCGGUCCAAUUGCGAGUGCGCAGAAACCACCUGCUGGGAAAGUCCAGAUAGUCUCCAAAAAAGUGAGCUACAGCCAUAUUCAGUCCAAGUGUGGUUCCAAGGACAAUAUUAAGCAUGUCCCUGGAGGUGGUAAUGUUCAGAUUCAGAAUAAGAAAGUGGACAUCUCUAAGGUCUCCUCCAAGUGUGGGUCCAAGGCUAACAUCAAGCACAAACCUGGUGGAGGAGAUGUCAAGAUUGAAAGUCAAAAGUUGAACUUCAAGGAGAAGGCCCAGGCGAAGGUGGGAUCCCUCGAUAAUGUGGGACACCUGCCUGCAGGAGGUGCCGUGAAGACUGAGGGCGGUGGCAGCGAGGCCCCUCCGUGUCCGGGCCCUCCCGCUGGGGAGGAGCUGGCCAGCCCUGAGGCAGCGCCCGAAGCUGGCGCCCCCACUUCAGCCAGUGGCCUCAGUGGCCACCCCACCCUGGCAGGGGGUGGUGACCAAAGGGAGGCCCAGACCUUGGACAGCCAGAUCCAGGAGACAAGCAUCUAAUGAUGACAUUCUGGUCUCGUCUUCCGUCCCCUGUGUUCCUCCUCUUGUGUCCCUUGUUCCCCCCUCCCUUCCCUCCUCCCGUGUCACUGCAGAUUGAGACCUACAGGCUGACGUUCCGGGCAAACGCCAGGGCCCGCACCGACCAUGGGGCUGACAUUGUCUCCCGCCCCCCCCACUUCCCUGGCGGCCCCAGCUCAGGCACCCGGGCCCUUGGCUCCCUCACCCGGGCUACUCUAUAGACCCCACACAGCUUGGGUGCUGGGCAGUCCUCUGGGCCCCCGCCCCAUCCCCCUGCCUUGCUUGCCCAUGGCAGUAGGCCCGCCCCCAGACCUCCUCCAGUCCCUGCCCUGGGCCCAGCUCCUUGCUUCCUUCCUGUCCCAUCAUUGCUCACUGCUCCGUAGACGAGGUUGGGAGGUGAAUGGGGUGGGGAGGCCAACUUGGGAUCUUGUGGGAUCUAGGAAGGGGGGGGAUUCAGAUUCCAACCUCGUCUUUGGGUUUUUCGGACCAAACCCAAGAGAAACUGACAUAUGUGCCCUCCUCGCGGGGUCCACCUGGAGGGAAGAGUGGAAGUGGAUGGCCACGUGGUGGCAGGGUGCUGCCCACAUCCCCUGGAGCCCACUAAGCCACCGCCUCUCUCCUUGACCCCACAGUGGUGCCCACCACGCAGGUGGGGCCAGGUGCCUCUUGCUGCCCUGCCCCAAGUUAGUUAGGGGUUGGUUCUGCCUGUCCCCGCUGCUUCCUGUACCUGCCUAGCUGCUGCCACAUUUCCCUUUCUCUUGUUUUAUCCUUUUUUUUUUUAAUAACCUAAAAACUGGUAGAGGAGUUUUGCAGGUUGAAGCCAUGUCUAAAUGAAAGUUCUCAGUAGGUGUUAAAGGAAAUGGGGAGGGGACAUCCUUAAGCCUCCAGCCGGGAGGUCAGGCAUCGGGGGCUGCCUUGGCCUGGGCAGCUUGGGGCCCCAGAGUGUGUGGGCAGGGCGGGUGAGAUGCAGGGGCUGUGGCCUGGUGAGCAUAGGGCACACUAGGGGCUGGUCAGAGCGUGGACUGGUUGUUCUGGUAUUUUGUGUGUAUGCUGCUUUUCUUUUCUAACCAAGAGGCUGGUUUUGGUAUCUCUAUCUGUCUCAUUCCCUGGGAUCUAGUGGGAGAUAUAAGCUCGGGGCCGGAGAAAUAGGGAAGGGCUGUGGAGGUCAAAGUUCUCCAGGCUUGCAGGCCUAGGACACUAGAGCCCUCAGUGACUGGGGUGCCCCAGAUGUCCAGAACUCAUAUGGAUGAUGGGGAAUCAGGUAUGGAAAUUUAAAAAUAAAAGCAUGAGACAGGCCACCUCCCUUCCCUUACAGCCUGACUGGAGAGUGGGGAGAGGCAAGGCCAGCCUGUGGAGGGGUGUCCCAGCCAGGGCCGGUCUUGGGAUGGCUGCAAUGAUGAGAAAUCCCGGGAAUUGUAUUGACACGGAAGAUUCUUAUUGCACUUGUAUUUUUUUUUUUUUUUUUUUUUUGUAUUAAAGUUUGCAUGGUUUCUAAUAAAGGAUUAAAAUGUAA